AUGGAAGCUGCUUGGAAGGCUUUCGUUGUGCGACUAGACCCCACCUUGGAAACUUCAACUGCUGGAAAAUUCAGGCAUGUUCGUGCCUGUGACUUUGGCAAGGUGCAACAGCAGGUGCUCUUGCACAUCAGUAAGCUGGAGCAAGAAUCUGGUAACCGAAUGUGUGUCAUGUCAGACAUUUUGGACAGGCUGCACCCUGCUGCCCGGCAACAAGUAGAGGCCAUGAUGCCAGCAGUAAGCGCGGAUGUGGAGAGUGCAGCCGAAGCAUACGCUGCCAUCCAGAAGUGGCUGAUGGCGAACCGUUUUUGGAUCUUCACAGACCUGCCGAAGUCCUGGUGCAUUGUCCAUCAGCAGGAAUGCCUGUUGUUCCCAGAGCAGCCUGGACCUUGCUGCAAGAGGCAGAAGAUGCAGGAGCCCUCAGGCAUCCACAUCAACUUCGCGGGCAACACCUGCAAAGGAUGGAGCAGUGUUGGAUCGAACCGCCGGUUCGGCGACAAGUCGGAACUUGUUCACGCUGUUUGGCUCAGCGAGCGUGCAAGGCGUGGGGAAAGAGGCGGGGAACACCUGUUCAUCUCUGAGUGCACGGUUAGAUACCCGUGCGAGGAGAAACUCAGCAAGCCUCUGGAGGGUGCCCAUGAAGUCCUUCACAUCACAGCGGGCCCGGACAUGUUGGGGUGGCCAGUGCGCCGUCCAAGGAACCUGAGCUGCGGAUUGAGCAAGGCCAACAUGGCCUGGCUAGGGCCGACAGGGGCGGCGCUUCAAGCCGACUUUGAGGCUUUCUUCCGAAGGAGCUUGGCUUCCACAGGCGACAUUUUCCUUGUGUCCCCGGAGGCGGAGGUCUUGGCAGAACAGCAGAGGCUGGGCGAGCAGCGUGGUUACAAGGUGACGGACAUCAUCUAUGGCGUGAACAGUUCUUUGCACACCCCAGGUCAAAUUCUCAGACACGCAGACUAUGAGAAGAAGAGGCUGUUGCAAAACCGGAGCUCCAGCACCUUCUUUGCUGACCUGGACCAGAACUGCAAUGCAGGCACAUCGUCGGCCGGAGUGUUGAUUCCGACACAGCUCAGCCACGGUAGCCUUUUUGCAUGGAGCGCGAAGCGCCAGAUGACCAUGCAGGAAGUAUGGCUGUCUCAUGGCUUCAACCUUCUUCCCCAGAGCACGGGCAAUUCAAUGGAGUGUAGAAUUUCAAGUUGUCUGGGGCGCCUAACCCCGAAGCAGCAGCAAGAACUCGUUGGAAACGGGUGGCACAUGGGGGUGCUGGCCUGUUGGAGUAUGUACGUGUUUGCCCACAGCAUCAAGAUCAACCGUACCAUGUCUCUUAUGCCAGAAAGAUCCCUUUUGAAAAAAGGGGGCUCUCAAUUCUACAGUGGUUGCUCUGGCAGUUUUGAUGAUGAUAAGGAGUCCUCAGGCGCAGAGCGUCCAACUGUUCAGGCUCAGAGUGAGUGA